GAGAAAGAGAGGGGGAGAGACACACACCUUUGGGGUGUCCUCUCGUGGUUGAAGCUUAACUAAACAAAUGGAGAAGAGGAAAAAAGGGUCCUCCUUGGAACUGAGGCUGAUGGUGGUCGGCAGUAGCGGACCAUCUCAGUUCCAGCUGACCAACGCUAUCCUGGGAAGGGAGGAGUUUCCCAAGGACACUACAAGCGUCUCUGGCAGCCGGAAGAUUUUGGGGGAGCUGGCGGGGCGACGGGUUGCCGUGAUCAGCGCCCCAAACCUCUACGAUAAGGACAUAUCUCGUGUCAAGAGGAAGAUGGAGCUGAGGAGGUCCAAGUGCCUGUCGGUGCCCGGUCCCCACGCCUUCCUGGUGGCCUUCGACAUGGAGAAAAUCUCGCCAAACGACAUCAGGACCCCGCAGCUCAUGAUGAAACGUUUUGGAAGACGCUGUUUUAGACAUUGCAUCGUCCUGCUCGCCUAUGACAGGAACCCGGACGGUGCCGCAUUGGAGGGUACGGUGCAGAACACAGACUGGCCCUUGAGACAUCUGAUCGAGGACUUGGGCGGCCGCUUUUAUAUUUGUAACAAGGACUGGCGGGACCGCAGCCGCGAGCAGGAGCUCCUGCAGAAGAUCGAGUGGAUGGUGGCCUCACUGGGCGGCGCCUGCUUCUCCAGCGGAACCUUCCAGAAAGCCGAGCGCAGCGUGAAGAAGGAGGAGAAGAGGCUCAUGAAGAAGAUGGCGGCGGAUAACGAGAAGGCGUGGAGCGACCUGGAGAAGAAGUACCUGUCGGAUGAGUUGUACCAGCGCAAAGACGCCCACACGGCCAGCGUGAGCGCCAAGAUUAGAGCCAAGGCGGAAGUGGACAACGGCUGGCUAAGGACGUCCCUGGCGAGGGGAGUGGGCUCGGGGAUGGUGGCAGGGGCCGUCAUGGGGGCCCUGGUGGGCUCUAUAGAGGGCCCGGGAGGGAUGGUGCUGUACGGCGUCAUCGGCGGGGCGGUGGGCGCGUCGGCGGGCGGUGCCGCUCAGGUGGCCACGAAGCACAUGGAGGACAGAGUGGCACCUCCCGCCAGACUCAACUUCAACUCCAUCUUCAUCAAUCGCUUCUUUGCCACGCCGCGUUUAGUUUGGAUGUUCUCCCUGUGCGUCUGUGGAUUUUCUUUGGGUAUUCUUUCUUCCUGCAUCCAUUCAUCCGGGCUGCCCUUUCCAGCCCCGAUGGCGUCGACCGUGGGCCUCCUCCCCGAGAAGUCUCUGCUGUGCUCUCUGUGCAAGGACAUCUUCAGCAGUCCAGUCACCACCCCUUGCGGACACAGCUUCUGCCUGGCCUGCCUCAGCGACUACUGGACGCGGCACCAGUCCAGAUACUGCCCGUGCUGCAGGAGACUCUUCGCCAACAGGCCCGACCUCAGCGUCAACCGCAUCCUGGCCGAGAUCUCGAACAAUUGCAAGAAGACCAGACCGCAGAAACCACCAGAUGAAGAGACGGUUACCAAUGUAGACCAAAUGAUUCAGGAGAGGCUGCAGAAGAUUGAGAGGUUGAAGAGUUCUCUUGAGCUCCAAAAGAGCUCUUACCUCAGAGAGGUGAGAGAGAGCCAUAAGGUCUUCUCGGCCCUCGUCCACGCCAUGGAGAAGAGCCACAAAGCGGUGGUGGUCGCCAUCGAGGAACGUCAAAAGGAGGAGCAGCAGAAUGUCGAGACCCUGGUGAAGGAGCUGGAGCAGGAGAUCCGGGAACUGACCAAGGAGACUGCGAAACCCGACUUUCUGGUUCCGGAAAAAAACUGUGAUCAGCUGGAUGAAUUCCAAAAAGACUCCACGAGCAUUGUACCUCCUGUGCAACCGGUCCAGUUGAAGGAUUGGUCCAUGGUUACCAUGGAAACCGACCCUUGUGUCGGGGUCACCAGGAGAGCGCUGUCGGAAACGAUGGCCAAGAUAAAGGUAGAAGUGGACAGGCUGUCCAAAUCAGAACUUAAAAGAAUUGAGAGAUAUAUUGUGGAUAUCAAUCUAAGCGCCAAGACGGCCCACCCCUCCCUCUCGAUCUCGGACGACAGAAAACAGGUGAGGCAGAGCGACAAGCGCCAUGAGGUGCCGGACCACCCCAAACGCUUCGACCGUGUGGCCAACGUCCUCGCCAAGGAGAGCUUCAGCAGCGGGAGAUCCUACUGGGAGGUGGAGGUCGGCGAGAAGACGGAGUGGAGCUUGGGCGCCGUCCGACAGUCCAUCAACAGGAAGGGCCGCUUCACCGUGUGCCCGGCCAACGGUUUCUGGACUCUUAGCCUUAAGACGGGCGGGCGGUACGUCGCCAACACCUCUCCGUCGAGUGCGGUGGCAGUGGAGCAGAAGCCCAGAAAGGUUGGCGUCUUUGUGGACUACGCCGAAGGCCGUGUGUCCUUCUACUGCGCCGAGACGGGCGUCCACAUUUACACCUUCAGCGACACGUUCUCAGACAGCCUGCACCCGUUCUUCUGUCCCGGUCACCUGCACGGCGGCAAAAAUGCUGACCCGCUCAUCAUUAGCUCCGGCUUUUGCAGCAUCUGAUCACACUGGA